GGGCAGUGUCCCUGGGAGACUGUGGCUGAGCGGACCGCGGGCUGCUAGCGGCGGGCGGCGAGCCGAGUCCGGCCACAGCGCCCGAGCGGAGUGCGCGGGGCGGACGGAGCCGGUGCAUGGGCCUGGGCGCGCGAGGCUGCGCGGGCCGCCGAGCCCAGAAUCUCCUAGGAAAGCCCGAGGGCUGGACUUCGGCAGCCAACUGGGGCUGCCCCCUGGCAUCGUCCCUGAGAGUGAGCAGAGCUUGGAGACUGUAAGAUGGCGGAUGAGGGUCUGGCCGGGCUGGAUGAAGGAGCCCUGCGCAAGUUGCUUGAAGUCACACUGGACCUGGCUGAACGGCGCCGGAUCCGCUCAGCCAUCCGUGAGCUGCAGCGGCAGGAGCUCGAGAGGGACGAGGGGGCUUUGGCAUCCAAGCGCUUCCGGGCAGAGCGACUGGAGAACAAGGAAAACUGGCUGCACUCCCAGCAGCAGGAAGAGGAGCAGCGGGUGGCCCUGGCCCUGCUCUCUGGGAAGCUCGAAGCCAUCAGCGACGUGGAGGAGCUGACCACCCUGCUGCGGGCAGCCGGUGAGUACGAGGAGAGGAAGCUGAUCCGAGCUGCCAUCCGCCGAGUGCGUGCCCAGGAGAUCGAGGCGGCCACCUUGGCAGGGAGGCUGUCCAGUACCCACGAGGACAGCGAGGGGCGGGCGGCCAGGAGGCAAGCACGCCAGGAGGCAAGAGAGAGAGAACAGCAGGCCGAGCAAGUGCAGACACAGGCCCAGACCAGCCAGUGGGCAGAAGCAGCCCCCAGCUCCAAGCUAGACGACAUGGCCUCCGGGCCCCUCCUGCUGCUGGAUGCUCUGGGCCCAACGCCUCCCAGCCUGCCCACUCCACCCUCCACGCCGUCAUCCUUGGAGCCAUUGGAGGCAAGUGGCGAGGAGGCCAGGGAGGGGCCCCCCAGAGCCUCCCCGGAGGAGGAACCAGAGCCUGAAAGUCCCCCCAGGGCUCCCAGCCCCGAGGAACCCCAGCCUCCGUCGGCCCCCCAGAGCCCAGGACCCUGCCCAGCCCAGCCUAGGGAACACGUGCUAGUCCAUCUUCUAGGUACCAGCGUCCAGAGUAGCAAGCUGGGCCCAGGCCAAAGAGAACAGGCGACAGAGGGAGCACCUGGGACCCCUGAAACCCCUGACACGAAGAAAGCUGUGCCCUCUCUCCAGCAGCCCGGCCUGACUGGCCUCCCCAGCCCACGCUCCUGCCAACGCUCCCUGUCGCUGCUCAGCCCCCGCAGGUCUCAGGCUCCAGACUCCCCCAAGGCCAGCCCGGCCACCCCCUCCCCUUUCCAGAGAACCAGCUCUGUCCGGGACCGGGUCCGCAAAUUCACCUCAUCCGAGUCACCUGCCCCUCCGGGGGCUCGGGCCCCUCAGCAGCAGCGGCCCCUCAGCUCUGGGGACCGGGCAGCCCCAGGACCCCUCCGGGCAAGUCAGCAACACCCUGGACUCACAGGCAGUGUGAAGGGAGAGCCAGGCUCUUCCUCCUCCUCCUUAUCCUCCUCCCUCAUCACCUCCAAGAUCACCGGCAGCAGCAUCCGCACCUCGUCCUGGCAAGGAGAGCCCCAGAUUGUCAGAGUCGAGGCCAGGGAUCGGGAUUGCCCUAAAGAGGAGGGCCCAGGGGGGCGGAGCCUGGCCACGUCACAGGGGAGGCCCCUUGAAAACGGAGAGAGGGGGCCCCCACUGGGCUCAGAGGAGCCCAGCACCCUGCCCAUCACUGCCAGGCCAACUGAGCAGGGCAGCCGGACCCCGCAACCCCGAACCACUGGGGAGGCCAGUAUGAAGACCACCUUCACCAUUGAGAUCAAGGAUGGCCGAGGCCAGCCCAUCAGCAGCCGGGUGCUGGGGCCCAUGGGCAACCAGAGGGCAGAGUUGACGCUUGGGCUCAGAGGCACCCCUGUCCACUUUGGCGGCGGCAGCUCCGGGGCAGGCACCAUCAGGCACAUCAGCACCCCGGUGACUGUCAGCACCCCCAGGACCAUCAGCACCCCUGGGACCAUAACGCAUGUCAGCACCCCCGGGACCAUCAGCACCCCAGGAACCAUCAGGCAUAUCAGCACCCCGGGGACCGUCAUCACCCCCAAGACCAUCAGCACCCCUGGGACCAUAACGCAUGUCAGCACCCCUGGGACCAUCAGGCACAUCAGCACCCCUGGGACCAUCACUCGUGUGGGCAGUACCAGCCAUGUGUCCAGUGUGGGUCACGUCAACAAGAUGGAUGCAGAGGCGGUGGCGGAGACCCCCACCAUGGUGGAGCUGGACGUGGACGCGGCCAAUGGCAUGGAGCAGAGUCGGCCAGGGAAGGAGCCGGAGCCCCAGCCUCAGAGCAAGUUGCGCCCAGAGGAGCUGUCCACUAUAGAAGAUGAGACCGUCCUGGACAGGAUGCUGGACCAGACCACAGACUUUGAGGAGAGGCGGCUGAUCCGGGCAGCCCUUCGUGACCUCCGGCAGAGGAAGAGAGAUCAGCGGGACCGAGAAAGGGAGCGGCGUCUCCAGGAAGCCCGGGCUCGACCAGGGGAGAGCCGGGGCAGUACAGCCACAGAGACCACCACUCAGCAGAGCCAGAAGUCGGCCGAUGGCUCAGCUGUGAGGACCGUUACCAAGACGGAGAGGCUCGUCCACUCUAGCGAUGGCAGCCAGACUUCCCGGACCACCACAGUGGAGUCAAGCUUUGUGAAGCGAUCUGAGAAUGGCGGCAGCCGGACAGUGGUCCAGACCAAGGCUUUCAGCUCUUCAUCUAAGAAGAUGGGCAGCAUCUUUGACCGGGAGGAUGAGACCCCAUCUCGGGCUGGCAGCCUGGCAGCUCUGGAGCGGCGCCAGGCUGAGAAGAAGAAGGAAUUGAUGAAGGCCCAGACCCUGCCCAAGACAUCCGCGUCCCAGGCCCGGAAGGCUAUGAUCGAGAAGCUGGAGAAGGAGGGUGGUGGCGGAGGCGGCAGCCCCGCGGGCCCACGAGGGGCCGUACAGCGCUCUUCCAGUUUCGGGGUCCCUAACGCCAACAGCAUCAAGCAGAUGUUACUGGAUUGGUGCCGAGCAAAGACCCGAGGCUACGAGCACGUCGACAUCCAGAACUUCUCAUCCAGCUGGAGCGACGGCAUGGCCUUCUGCGCGCUGGUGCACAAUUUCUUCCCUGAGGCCUUCGAUUAUGGCCAGCUGAGCCCCCAGAACCGGCGCCACAACUUUGAGGUGGCCUUUUCAUCAGCAGAGACCCACGCUGACUGCCCCCAGUUGCUGGACACAGAGGACAUGGUGAGAAUGCGCGAGCCAGACUGGAAGUGCGUUUACACGUACAUCCAGGAGUUUUACCGCUGCCUGGUUCAGAAGGGGCUGGUAAAAACCAAAAAAUCCUAAUCCCCAGCUGAGAAACCCACGGGUGCUGGUGGACUGCGUGCCCCUGGUGGACGUGGAAGACAUGAUGAUCAUGGGCAAGAAGCCGGACCCCAAGUGCGUCUUCACCUACGUGCAGUCCCUUUACAACCACCUGAGACGCCACGAGCUGCGUUUACGGCAAAAAGAACUCUAGAAUGUCCUGUCAUUCCCUGUGCCUGCUCCCAGAGCGGAGGAAGCCUUCCCCUGUCCCGUGUGGUGCCCCUUCCUUCUCUUCCCCACCCCCGCCCCCCGCCCCAUGUGUGGAUAAAGAAAGGCUCACAGGACGGCACGCUCCCUCCCCAGCCACCGUCACCCAGUCACCACCCCUCGCCCCCAUCCCACCGCUGCGAUACCCCCUGCUACUCACAGCGUUUCACGGUUUUUAUAAAUUAUUCGUUCUCA